AUGGCCGAAGAUGAAGGAAAGAAACUCCAAGCAAGUUUGGAUAAACUUGCUGAUUGGGAAAAGAAUAUGAAUGAUGUUGAAAAAGAAGUUGAAAUUCAUCGAAUGAAGGAAACACAACCAAUGUAUGAAAAAAGACGUUCAAUUUUAAAAACAAUACCUAAAUUUUGGUAUAUUGUCCUUGCAGAAAAUGAUGAUUUUGCUGAUUAUAUAAGUCCCGAAGACUUGAAAUUCUUAGAAUAUAUCGAUGAUAUAUAUGUUCAUUAUCCAAUUGUUGAUGGUGAGGCCGAUAAUUUCAGAGAUUUCGAUAUAACAAUCAGUUUUGGUAAAAGUAAAUUGAUCCCACAACAAGAAAUAACUAAAAAAUUUAGAACUAUUGUGAAAGAAGAUGGCGAAGAAAGUAUAACAUCAGAACCAGUGGAUAUCCAAUGGCCAAAAGAAUUAUCCAAGAUUAAUCCAAUUACUAUUAAAGAAAAAUAUCAAGGUAAAGAUAAAAAAGAAAUGUCAGCUAAGGAUAAGAUGAACUAUAGAUUAGGUAUGAAAUCAUUCUUUUCAUGGUUUCGUUGGACUGGUAAAAAACCAGGUAAAGAAUUUAGAAAUGGUGACGAGGUUGCCAAUUUAUUAGUUGAUUUGUUUUUAAAUGGGGUUAAAUUUUAUAUCCUUGGAUUGAAUGAAAGUGAGGGUGAUGAUGAAGAGUUGGAUUCUUCGGAAGGUGAAGAAUUGGACAUCUCUGAUGAUGAUGACGAUGACAAUGAAGAACCAGCUGCUAAACGUGCUAAAACAGAAUAA